AUGGCUUUCGAUGCGAAACUAGCCGCAUCGAUACUAUUACCGUUCGAUGGUGAUAGUGAAAAACUGUCCAGUUUCAAAGACAGCUUUAUACAUGUACCGCUCGGUACACGGUAUACACCCGAACCUGAGUACAGUAGCGAUGCGGGUUUGGAACUGAACGCAACUGAAGAAAAGUAUACUCAAGUUGAACUCAGUUCAGGUUCGUGGGAAGACUGGUUAAAAGCUAUAAAAAAGGGAACAGCUAGACAACAAUACUGCGAAGAAAUUGAAUCGCUUUGCAGCCAAUUAUCAAGAACAUACGUUAAAGAGGGCAUUCCACAAGUUACUGCCAAGAAAAUAGCUACGAAAGCAGGCGUGGAAACGUUGAUUAAAACCGUCUCCACAGAAAAUGCGAAAAUUGUUCUACAGGCUGGCUCAUUUCCAACAAUUGAGCAAGCUAUUCAAAAACUUAACGAGCUACCGGAUAAUGCCGAAAGCAACGAUGUCAACCGCAUUUUUAAUAUAAACGCAAACCAAAAAAGAUAUCAGAACUUUAACCAAGGUCAGCGAGGAAACUGGAAGAGGGGUGUGAAUAGUAACAACAACAAUUUUGCACGCCGUGGUCCCCAUGCAAAUUACCAACGUUUCAAUAAUGCAGCACGCUUUGACAACCGUCCGCAUAACGGUAACUAUCGUGGCCGUUCUUACUACCGUGGUCACCCACCUCAAGGGCGACAAUCGCAUAGAAUUUAUUUUGCUGACGCCCAAAAUGAUGCACCAGCAGCAAACGCAAUUUACAGCCAACAACCAUAUGUUAAUGACGAAGGUCAUUCAAACUGGAACAUGAACCCUCAACCUCAACAAAAUUCAACCAAUCAACCUCAGAACCAAAAUUUUUUAGGAACAUUGGGUCAGUAUACUCAAUCAAUGUAG